AUGCAACCUUACAAGUCUGCAAAGAAUGACUUUAGAAGUGAUACCUUCACAACUCCAACUGAAUCUAUGGUCAAAGCGGCCUUAACAGCUUCAAUUGGUGAUUCAGUCUAUAAUGAAGAUGUUGAUACAAUUGCCUUAGAAUUGAAAGUUGCUAAAUUAGCUGGUAAACCUGCUGGUCUUUACUGUGUUUCCGGUACUUUAUCAAAUCAAAUUGCCAUUAGAACACAUCUUUUCCAACCACCUUAUUCAAUCUUGUGUGAUUAUAGAGCUCAUGUUUAUACUCAUGAAGCUGCUGGUUUAGCAAUGUUAUCAAACGCUAUGGUUACUCCAGUUAGACCUGCUAAUGGUGAUUAUUUAACUUUGGAAGAUAUUAAACAAAAUAUUGUUCCAGAAGAUGGUGAUAUUCAUGGUGCUCCAACUAAAUUAAUUUCAAUGGAAAACACUUUACAUGGUAUUAUUACUCCAGUUGAAGAAUUAUUAAGAAUUAAACAAUUUUGUGUUGAAAAUGGUUAUAAAUUACAUUGUGAUGGUGCAAGAAUUUGGAAUGCUAGUGUUGAAGCUAAUGUUCCAUUGUCAAAAUAUGGUGAAAUUUUUGAUUCUAUUAGUAUUUGUCUUUCAAAAUCUAUUGGUGCUCCAAUGGGUUCAGUUUUAGUUGGUGAAAAACCUUUUAUUAAGAAAGCUAAUCAUUUCAAAAAACAAUGUGGUGGUGGUAUCAGACAAAGUGGUAUGAUGGCUAAAAUGGCUAUGGUUGCAAUUGAUGAAACUUUACCAUUAUUGAAAUCAAGUCAUGAAAAGGCUAAAAAAUUAGGUGAUUUCUGUAUUGAAAAUGGUAUUAUUUUAGAAUCACCAGUUGAUACAAAUUUCGUCUUUAUUGAUUUGAAAGCUAACCAUAUUAAAGAUGAUGAUUUAAUCAAAUAUGGUAAAAUCCAUGGUGUCCAAUUGAUGGGUGGUAGAAUUGCAUUCCAUUAUCAAAUUGAUGAUGAAGCUUUAGAAAAUGUUAAAAAAGCUGUUUACGAUGCUCAUCAAAACUCUAAAAAGAACCCAUACUAUCAUGAUGGUCCUUACAAGAUGUAUCGUUCACCAACUCCUGUUAAAUAUUAA